AUGGUCGCCCCGGGCGUCCCCGCUGGCUAUGAGCAGCUGGCCGUGCUGGGUAAUGGGGCAUUCGGGAAGGUGUACAAGGUAAGGAGGCAGUCUGACGGGGUUAUAAUGGCUCUUAAAAUAAUCGACCUGAGCGCACUGUCGUCAAAUGCGCAAGAGGUUUUGCGCAAUGAGACAGAGCUUUUCUCACUAUUAGAGCAUCGCAACUUGGUCAAGUGUUACGAGACCUUCCAAAACGCAGCGGCUGGUGAACAGUACGUAGCCAUGGAGCUUUGUGAGAGGUCUCUGAAGGACCUCAUACUGGAGUGUCGGCGCUCACAGAAACACCUUCCAGAGAAGACUAUCUGGCUCUACGCAGCACAGAUCCUCCAGGGUGUCUCUUACCUCCACUCCAGGUACAAGCCGAAUGACACAAGACUCAAGUGCAUCAUUCAUCGUGAUUUGAAGCCUGACAACAUUCUGCUCACCGGCGACUCCAUGAUAAAGAUAUGCGACUUUGGGAUUUCGAGGCCACUGGGAGUUGUUUCUAAGGCAGUGACACUAGCGGGCACCUACCAUUACAUGGCGCCCGAAAUAAUCAAGGGCCAAAAGUACACGGAGAAGGUGGAUGUCUGGUCAAUUGGAUGCGUGGUUUAUGAGCUCUGCACACUCAAGGUGCCUACUUUUGACACCCUUUUUUCUUCUGGGCAGCCAUCAAUGGAGUUCAUCUCUUUUACCUUGCCUGACAUGUACAGUACUGAGCUGAAGAAAUUCAUUGAGUGGUGCCUCAUAAUACGGCAAGACGAUAGACUUUCUGUGUAUGAGUUACUUAGCUACCCGCCGAUAAAGGCCAUUAUCGCCGAAAGUGCGAUUGCUCCUCCGACCAAGCCUGCCGUAAAUGCUCCUGUAGAGAAUAAGCACAAGAUGUUUGAGACCGAUGAGGUCAAUGCACCCUCUAAACCGGGGAAUGCUGCGAAGGACCCUGGCCCUGCCCGCUCUCCGGCUGCCCCUGCUCCCGCUCCUGCGAAAAACGCCUCAUCCACUCCUGUUCUCCUCUCGGGAUUCACCGAAGAACAGCCCAGGGCUAUUACACGACAGGUUAAGAAGGAGUGCUAUUUUGAUAAGAACAAUAACACGAAUCUAAUGCUGAUGGUGCUAUCUGGUGCAUCCGUUGAGACUAUCAGGGCCAAUUUGCACCUAUGCAAGUUUAUUAAUAAAGAUGGCGAAACGGCGCUGCACAUGGCUGUUGAUAAACAAGCGCGUGCAUACGUUGAGCUACUGGCCCCAAGGGAGGCCACUAUACGACUGCGAGAAGCUGUCUUCUCGUCUGUUCGCAACUUUCCAAUCAAGUCGAAGAAGCUGUACAAUGUGUCGGCUAUGAUGCUCGCUGCUCUGUACGGAAUGUCAGACAUAGUUGAUGUGCUCCGGCCAUACGAGUCUGGGCUUCAAAGUGCUGAAGGAUAUACCGCUCUGAUGUUGGCUAUCCUUGCUGGGUCAACGACUUCAGCGACUCUCCUCCUCCAUGAGGCCACUCGCCAAACGCAGCGCGGUGAAACAGCCUUACUUUUCGCCGCCAAAGUGGGAAACAAAGACCUUGUAGAUAGGCUAAUACCCUAUGAGGCUAAAGUAGUGACUAACUAUGGGUCCACUGCUUUGAUGGAAGCGUGUAGAGCAGGGAACAUGUCCAUUGUCAAGCAGCUCCUUCCUCACGAAGGCCGUCUAGUUGUAUAUGAUAUGAACGUCAAUCUUCCACACAUCACCAAGGGUUUCGCCAACAAGCAGGAAAUCAAGCAGUUACUUAUCCGGCUCGGCUAA